GGGCCGAGAUAGCCCGCGGCUACAUAAACCCUCCGGGGCGGCCGAGCUGCCACGGCCGCCGCCAGCACCAUGGUGACAUCCCCGGCCAUCCUCUGCCUCUUCGCCUGGCUCCUGCCCCCCGCCGCCGGGCACCUCUGGGCAUGGAUGUUCUCCCUGCCUCCGCACUCGCCCGAUGCGGCCGCCCUGAGCAGGAGCCCCGGGACCGACCUGGAGGAGGUGACCCCGUGCAGCCCGGCCACCCCCUGCGCCCACGGGCACUUCUGUGACGAGCACUUCGGGCUGUGCCUGCCCACGCGGCCCGCGGGGCAGUUCUGCCGCCACGACCCGCACUGCACCUCCGGCCUCGUCUGCAUGUUCGGCAAGUGCCAGCAGCCCGUGCCCCCCGGGCAGGACGGAGCGCGGUGCCAGCGGGACGAGGAGUGCGGGGCCGGCGGCUGCUGCGCUCGGCAGCACGGGGAGCGCGUGUGCCAGCGGCGCCUGGCGCUGGCCCAGAGCUGCCACGUCCCCCCCGGGGGACUCGCCUUCAGCAUCAACCAGGUGUGCCCCUGCCAGCCCGGGCUGGUCUGCCGGCCCUCCGCGCCCGCCAGAGAGAAGGCGUUCGAGUACCGGCCGGAGAAGAGCGACUGGAGGUGCCGGCAGCCCUGAGCGCCCGCGUUGUAUUUAUUGCCUGUAAAUAGCGUGUCCACGGCGUGUCCACGGCGUGUCCGCACCCGGCCGAGCGCCGAUAAACCCGGCCCAGCGCCGCGCUGAGCCCGGCGGCUGCCGCUGCCCAUCCCCACGGGGGGCUGGAGCCCUCCCCCGACCCCCGCGUCGGGUCCUCGCCCCUUCCCCGGAGCCGGGCAGGUCCCGACUCCAUCCUCAGCUCAGCCCCGAGCAGGGGGGAGGGUCACUGCGGCGGUCACUGCAGAGCUGAGCUGUGUCCGGUCUCAGCCGCGGUGGCCGCAGCCCGCCCCCCGUGCCCCCCAGGCCCCACCAGGCUCAGGCGCGGGGCAGGUCUCACCGAAAUGUUUAUUACAAAGAACCAAGCGAGCGGGGCGAGUCCCCCCCCCCCCCCCCACACACACCAACG